GAACCAGGUAGACCAGCUGUGCCUGUCGGCGAAUAACCAAGCACACCCAUUAGCACCCUCUUCUCUCUCUUCAACUCUUCGAUUCAAUUGGUGACAGUUAGAGAGAGAGAGAGAGAGAGUGCGUGUGAGUGUGUGUCCUCAAAGUUUUCAAUUCAGUUAUGACAUAGUUAGAGACAGGUUGUGUGUGUUUGUGUUGUACUUUGUUUUUUUCCUUCAACUUGGGAACAAAGGUUGAGACUUUCAACCAUCUUCUUUUUCAAAUCCUAUGAAAAAGCAUCAUGGGUAUGCUAUUAUUGCCCGUUGGUGUGGUUGUCAUGGGACUAGUGCGGGUCAAUGGAACGAGCCUGUAGCAGAGUGUAGAGAAAGAUGAGAAGAAACGCACAUGGUGUUUGGGUUGCAUACGGUUGUAAUCUAUUGAGGAAGCAAUGUAGAGCAAGUUUAUUGCAACACUGGGUGGAGAAGAACAGUGGCUAGGACUACAUGAGUAUUUGAGGCUUUGGAAAUGAUUUCAUGUGGAAAGUGAGGAAUGGUGUCGCGUGAGAUUGGUUGCUAGUUAUUGGUUUUUGUUGGUUUUCUUUAUUAUAUCUGUGUUGUUUUGGGGUUUGAGGGAUUGAGUUUUGGUGGAUCGAGAGCAAUGGAGUCUCGGAUGGAUCAGUAUGAGAUCAUGGAGCAGAUCGGGCGAGGAGCAUUUGGAGCUGCUAUUCUUGUUCACCACAAGGCUGAGAAGAAGAAAUAUGUGUUGAAAAAAAUCAGGCUAGCAAGACAGACUGAACGAUGCAGAAGAUCUGCUCAUCAAGAAAUGGCUCUUAUUGCUCGAAUCCAGCAUCCUUAUAUUGUGGAAUUCAAGGAGGCAUGGGUUGAGAAGGGUUGCUAUGUCUGCAUUGUCACUGGAUAUUGUGAAGGUGGAGACAUGGCUGAAUCGAUGAAAAAAUUAAAUGGUGCUUACUUUCCUGAGGAGAAACUCUGCAAAUGGUUCACUCAAUUACUGUUGGCCGUGGAAUACCUGCAUUCAAAUUUUGUUUUGCAUCGUGACCUGAAGUGUUCCAACAUCUUUCUUACCAAGGAUCAGGAUGUUCGCCUAGGGGAUUUUGGCCUUGCUAAGACACUAAAAGCGGAUGAUUUGGCUUCCUCGGUGGUAGGAACUCCUAAUUACAUGUGUCCUGAACUGCUUGCAGAUAUACCGUAUGGAUUCAAAUCUGAUAUUUGGUCACUAGGGUGUUGUAUAUACGAGAUGGCUGCUCAUCGCCCUGCUUUCAAAGCUUUUGAUAUGGCAGGGUUGAUAAGCAAGAUAAACCGUUCUUCCAUUGGCCCUUUGCCUCCAUGUUAUUCCCCUUCCUUGAAAACACUAAUAAAGGGCAUGCUAAGAAAAAAUCCUGAACAUCGACCAACAGCAUCUGAGGUGUUAAAGCACCCUUAUUUACAGCCUUAUGUGGAUCAAUACCGUCCAGCUUUCAGUCCUCCUUCAAUUUCUACUGUCAACUAUCCUCGGAAAAAUAUGGCUGAAAGUCAAAACAGUAAUAGUUCCAACAGUGACAAAGAUAGUUUGAUGUCAACUGAGAAAAACAUUGCAACAGCAGUACCAAAAUGUGAUAACAAAGCCACUGAGAUGGAUCAAACAUCAAUCGAUGAUGAUGGUUCAGAGGAAGAAAGUGGCUCUAGUAAUGCCAAUGGGAAUACCAAAACAACUGAGCAAGAGGUGAUGAAACCAUCUCAUAAUGCACAACAUUCUCACGUUGAAUCUAAGCAGCCAAAAACAAUUAGAAAUAUCAUGAUGGCAUUGAAAGAAGGAAAGGUUAGAGAAGCAACUUCUCCAAUGAGAGGCAAUCGUGUUAAGCCUGGUGGUGUGUCAGCACAGAAAAUAAGUACUGAGACAUUGUCUAAAUUGCCUAAGCCUAUUUUUAUUGCUCCAAUUGUGAAACCUAUGCUAGAGUCACCAACUGUUGCACUUGCACGAGCAACCCCUGACUCUGCAAAAAGAAUGCAGGGGUCACAUCAAUCAAAGCAACAGUUUCUGAUGGUAGAAGCCUCACCAAAAGUUAAAGCUAGACAUGAUUUGACUCCACCACCUGCAGUUGUUAAACAAGUAGAUGGAGAUGUAGUUCCUCCCAGGCCUAGACAAAGGACUCCCCCAAGCUUACUUAGAAGACCUUCAUUUUCUGGAAGAAUGAGGUUGGCUGGAAUUGAUGUUCCAAAUGCAGCAAAUGAUACUGGAAAACUAGGCACAGAUAAAAUAGUUCAGGAACAUGAGACGAGCCCUUCUCAAUUGGCCAACGACAAUGUCCCAAGUAUUUCGAGACAGGUUACUAGAGAGCCCCAGAAGAUUUUUGAAAGAAGUUCCAGAGGAAUGCAAACAGAUAGCAGCAAUUCUGCUUCGUCUUCAGUUUCUAUCCGAGGUGAACUUGCUGAUGAUGCUACAACUUUUAUUGACAUGAGAGAACAGAUGCUUCCUGGACAUGUGAAUGUAAGCCACAUUGUAGGUGUGGAAUCAUGUCCUGACAGCAGCCCAGUGACUACUUGUGCACAUUGUAAGAUGGCUGAAAAUGUUCCUAAAGAUUCCUGUGAGAUUGCCAUGAAUUUCCACAAUACUAUAAGCAGUAAUGAGAAAGUGAAUUCCAGUUUAAGUCAAGAUCACCAUGUUGAAGAUUCUGAGGUAGCACUUGCUUCAGAAGGGGCUCUUCCUAAAUCCCAGACAACUAUGUCCACUACUUCUGGCUGUGAUGAUGGAUAUGUUGAUCCCUCUGCUGGAGCCACCAAAGAAAUCAAAGAUUUUCAAGAUGUUACCAAGGAAAUGUCUUUGAACAAGUCUACCAAACACGAACCCCCAAGUUCUGGAGAAAAGUCUGUUCAUACAGAAGUUAGUCCAGAAACUGAACCUGAUCUACUGAUUCAGCCAGCACUUGAAUGUAAGUCCCCUGGUGAUGACAAAUUCACAGUGAGGGAGAGACUGUCACCUGUGGUUGAAACUGUUCCUCUGGUUACCCCUACUAAAUUAUCAAGCCAGAAAGUUUUGCAAGAGAAAGGAACUGUGCUGCAAAAUCCAGCACCAGAAAGGCCUGAUACUGGCCAUCUUCCUCCAGCCUUUGAUGAUGUUAUCCAUGUCAUACGCCAUAGUAGUUACCGCGUUGGCAGUGAUCAGCCAGUAAAGGAAUCUGUGGAGAUGGGAGUUCAGAAUGUAGAUGUUGGUAAGUUUAUCAAUGUUGUGAGAGAUGAUUUAGAAAUGAGGAACAUAACGUCACCUUUGACACUAAAAUCUUCAAGCUGCUCUGAUGUUACAAGCUUGAAAUCUGACCAGUUGGAAAUGAAAAACUUAAGCACUCCUCCCAUCCUUAAAUCUCCAAGUUUCUCAGAUUCUUCCAGCAAUUCUGAUCAUCCUGGUCUUAAGGAACAAGAAGUGAGUAACCCUCCUCCUCUAGUUUCAGAACCUGAAUCUACUGAGCCCAGUAAAAGUAACACUCCUACGAAUGAAGAGAAACCAGCAGCAAAGGAAACAUUGGAUGUGAAAUCUUUCAGACAGAGAGCAGAGGCACUUGAAGAGCUCUUGGAGCUGUCUGCAGAGUUGCUGCAGCAAAACAGAUUGGAGGAACUUCAAGUUGUUCUGAAGCCCUUUGGGAAAGAUAAGGUUUCUCCAAGGGAGACAGCGAUUUGGUUAGCCAAGAGUCUCAAAGGAAUGAUGUCUGAGGAAAGUGGGGGACGCUCUUCAUAAGGUAUCUCAAAUAGUGAAUUCUUAUGUGAUAAAUUCACUUGUAUUUCAUGUUUAAAAUUUGCUCUUAAAGUUAGUCCAUAGCUAUUCAAGCUCCACUUGAAUCCAUACGAGAACAAAUUGUCUUUGUCCCUUCUUCCAUUAUUGUAAUUCUUUCAGUGCUUUUAUGCUAUUGUAAAUAGUUACCAUACAAAUUAAUAACAUCAACUCAUGAUUAAAUUGUAUGGACAUUUUGUACCCAAGACUUUCUAUGGUUAAAUAGAGCUAAGCCAAGAAAACAGAAAAAAUAAAUUACCUGAUCAACCACAAACAGAAAGCAUACCACAAUUUGCAGUCAGAUAGCAAUGUUUUCCGUCCACACUAAUUUUCAACCAAGAUGAUAUUAUAUUAUAUUCUAGACACAAGUAGGAAUGUUAUUGUAAAAGAACUAUACGUUAGUUUUGCGUAGAUUCCCUCAUUUCUAGGUAGUUUCCUAGGUUUCCUCAUUUCAUAGAAGCAUCGUGGAACCUUCCUCAUAUAUUUUUGCGAACGUUGCAUUUUAAGAAAUGACGCGCUUUGCUACAGUAUAAAUAUGUGAGCCUUUUGUGUGUGUUUUCAUUCAUCUAUUGGUUUUCUUCUAUUUCAUGACAAUACUGGCUUCUCCGUCGUCAACAACGGCACCAAGCCAAAAUUGCACCAACCUACCAGUUAAUUAGCAUCAUGAUAAGACAAACUCUUCUUCCAAAAUCCAUGGUUUAAGUACUGAAAAAGAUAGAUUCGCUGUCCAUAGUAAUCGUACUUGAACUAAUCAGGUUAAGUCUCGUAAAGAACAUUUGUGUCUGACUGAAGCCAAAAAACAUCCAAAAACCAAUGGCUCCGACCAACAACCACAGGACAAGAUGUGGUGACACCCGUUUUCCCCGAAACGUAAUACUUUUGUUGGUUACCAUCUUUGUUUUUUUGAUGGCUGCUAUCAGCAUAGCAUGGCUUGUCAUGCACCCACAUGACCCUGGUUUUGCGGUGACGUCACUUUCUGUUACCAACUUCUCUCUCUCAGACUCCCAGGUACGAGGAAGGUACGAGGUUGGACUAACCAUAACAAACCCAAACAAGAUCAUAACCCAGGUGGUGCUUCACCGUCAGGGCUCCUUGCUGCUUUACGAUUCUGAGUUGUACUCGAAGGCUGCAGUGCAAACAACCGUGAACCUGGAGAAGUUGACCAACAAGAGUGUGAAGGUUGACUUUGAAGUGAAGGACCAACACCAGAAGGUGGUGCCUCCGAUUCUGGGUCGGGACUUAAACAAAGGGGUGGUGAACUUCAACGUGGUUUUGAAGGUUACGGUUAGAUUCGAAGCUGGGAUAUGGCCAAGCAAGGAUGAGUUAUUGGAUGUUACUUGUAAGGAUCUGGAUGUGGAGUUCCACCCUAAAACAAAAGGCACUGGCAACCUUCUGGGUAUUGGGAAGAACUGCUCCACAAAGAAUGCUGCAGGGAGAACUUGAUUAGGAAGAAGUAAGAUUUAACCAUGUUAUCGUCAUUAGUUUAUCCGAUGUGGUAAUAAGAUAGAUUCUUGUUGAAUGUUUUAUACAUAUUCACUGUUAAUGUAAAUUAAAUUCUUCUUUUAGACAUUUA